UAUUGUUCUUUAGCUCGCUCCGUUUGGUUCGGUUGGGUGGUGUUAUCUCGUUAGUCGUCGUGCAAGGCAGCACUAAACAGCGAAGGCAGUAGCAGCCAUUUUCCAAAGUGUGCGUGUUUACAAGAGAAAAAAAUUGGUGAAUUUUUAGCAUAUUUUACCCGAGACUAGCGUUAUAGUGAAAAUAAAUAGUUAGAAAAAUGGCUGGAGGAAAAGCUGGUAAAGAUUCCGGAAAAGCGAAAGCAAAGGCCGUUUCUCGCUCGGCGCGUGCCGGAUUGCAGUUCCCGGUCGGCAGAAUCCACAGGCACCUGAAGAAUCGUACCACCAGCCACGGACGCGUCGGAGCCACGGCUGCUGUUUAUUCCGCUGCUAUUUUGGAGUACCUCACAGCUGAGGUGCUGGAGUUGGCCGGAAAUGCGUCCAAGGAUCUGAAGGUCAAGCGUAUCACCCCGCGCCACUUGCAAUUGGCCAUCCGCGGAGACGAGGAGUUGGAUAGUUUGAUCAAGGCAACCAUCGCCGGUGGCGGUGUUAUCCCGCACAUCCACAAAUCGCUGAUCGGCAAAAAGGGCGGUCCCGAAUAACCUCCUUAAGCCUUACAAGGCUUCUGAUUGACCAAACACAAACACACAAUUACAGACACCUACACCUACACACAUGCUCCCCCCCUUUGUGCAGGAUAGCAAAUGAAAAAACAUGAUCAUUUUCACAGCUGUUUGAUUAAUCCAUAGAAGAAACCAUUACCCCGACAGACUAUAGUGGUGGAAUUACUUGACUAAUAUUGCCCGCGCAAACAGACAGAGGUAGAGAGCAAGUAUGGUCUUUAUUCUUAGUAGAGUACAAUAGGAAUGUUGUAUUGAUAAUUAACGGACAAGACAUUCUUGUGUGUUACUAUGUUUUAGUAAUAUCAAUGAUUAAACCAAUUGCGCCAGCGUAUAUUUGUAGCAUUUUUUCUUUCGCUAGAAAAAAUAGUCAACUGAAGAUCGUCAUAUAUUCCCUUCUUGUAUUUAAAUAUUGUCGUAUGCAGAUGUUAAUUGAAAAAAAAACUUGUUUUCUCGAAUCCUUUACCUGAAACGCAGACAACAUAUUCACGCUGAUGGGGGCGAUGAGAGAUGGUGAAAGGAAACAACAGCACUUUCAAAAUACAAUUUAAUUUUUAACGCAGAUUGAGAGAGAAAACUAAAACGAGAGAAAAAUCUAAAACCUAGAGAGUACAUAAGUUAAGUGCGUUUUUCUUAUUAUAUUUUCGAUGAAAAGUAAUAAAAUUUUACUACUAUUAAG